AUGAAGUUAUCUAAUAUGCGAAAAUUCAGCGAUGAUUUCUUGGUGGCUACUUAUUUAUCCCUUUAUUUAGCGACUGCGUCUAGUGUCAAUGGCACGACAAUCAAAUUUGAGCCAUUGGUGGCAUCAGAUACUAUGAUGAAGAAUGGUUCUCAAACAACAAUUCAAACGAAACAUAUGUGCAUAACGGCAAUGAAGGCGUAUGAAAGCAAAAGCCUGGAGGAAUUGCGAAUUGAUGAUUACAUAGCGAAUAGGAAAACACCAUCCACAACUGGUGGCUUGUUUGGCAGUUCGUCUUCUAGUACUGCUGGCACGAGUAUUUUCAGUAGUACACCUGCUAAGCCUUCAUUGGUACGUCAUUAUUCGGUAGCAAACCAGCAGGUAGUAUUUUUGGCUCUCCGGCAACAUCUUCAACGUUCGGAUCAUCAGGCGGUGGCCUAUUUGGCAGUAAUACUGGAAGCUCGACGUUCGGGUCAAACCAGACGCAACAAACGGGAUCACUUUUUGGAGGAUCUGCGUUUGGCUCAACCGCUACCACUACGAGCUCGUUUACGUUUGGUUCAGCAACCAACACAGUUGACAAGCACACCAUUUGGCCAGACGGCGACUUCUACCGGUGGGGGACUAUUUGGGUCGAACACUAAUACAAGCACAGGUGGUUUGUUCGGAAAACCUGCUGGAACAAGUCCAUUUUCGUUCGGAAGCUCAUCAAACACAACGUUUGGACAAGCCUCUUCAGGUGGGGGUCUAUUCGGUAAUACUCAAAAACCAGGUGGUUUAUUUGGAAGUACGAACACUACUGGAGGUUCUUUAUUCGGCUCGCAGUCUACCCAACAGGGCACUGGAUUGUUCGGUAGCACACAACCUACGCAGUCACUAUUCGGAUCCAAUACGGCCAACCAACAAACGGCUACCACUACAACGGGUUUUGGAUCUGCUGUACCAACUACCAUAAACGUUCCCGCAGCCACUCCAAUAGUCCUUGGUUCGGAUGUGAAUCAAGCGCAGGUUCAAAUGGCCCUUCUUGAUGCCCAAAUAGCCGCAAGUCCUUAUGGUGAUUGUUCUCUAUUGAAGUUAGCUAGUGCCAAAGAUUCAAAUGAUAUGCCAAAUCCGAUAAGUACGCAAAGACAGUUGAAGUUCCUGGCAGCUAAGAGUGCUACAUCCUCACCCUUAAAUACUUCGUUGGCGAAUGGAGAAAGAGGAUCGCCUUCUGUCCAAAGCUCUCAAAUAUCGAUGAAAAGUUCAUUUUUGCCAGUAAUUCCCCCAAAGGUUGCUGAUACUUGUAAAGCGUCACCACGAGCGAGGACUACCGUAAUUCCUGGACGUGAUGUUAACUAUACUUCAUCGGUCACUCCACCAACUUUGGGUAAAGGAAUUCGUUCAAAAACAGUGAAUGGAAGCAAUUCAUUUGCAAGCAGGAGUCUAAACGGAAGUCUCAUUAACAAGACGGUCGACGCAGUAAUUGAGACAUCGCUGACAGGGAAUAUGAACAAACCACCUAAUUCUGGUCGUCGAGAGAAUCUAAAGCAUUUGGAUUUGUCAGCUGUUAUGCAGGCAGUUACUCAUAAUGGGAAUUCCGAGACCGAGGAGAAGUCACAUUGUAGUGAUCCCGAUGAACUUCCUUCGCACGAUAUCAAUACUCGAGAGAGGGACAAAAAUUACAGUCCCGAGAUUAACCAAAGAACUGUGAGUCUGCAUCGCGGUGAUGUCCGUAACGGCGGAGUUCCACGCCUUCAGCUCGACGGAAGUGCUUGCGAAGAAUCGGCUGUUUCUUCUAGCAAGUCUUCUGGAGUAAAUGGCGCAGGAGUGGGAUCAUCGAGUAUAUCUACUAACAUGGCUACUCUUCCUCAAGUGGUAUUGUCGCCAUCAUCACAACCGAUAGUGCGUCUGAAUUCGCCCGACUACUUCACAGAUCCGUCCAUAAAUGCGAUGCAUGAGAUGGUGGUUGACGGAAAAGUGGUUCUGAAUAAUGGACUGACUGUUGGUCGUGCGACGUACGGUACUGUGUUUUGGCCAGGUCGCAUAGAACUGGAAAAUGUAGUUUUGGAUGAGAUAGUGGUGUUUCGGCACAAAGAGGUAACAGUGUAUCCAGAUGAGUCAAAGAAACCUCCAGUUGGUGAAGGGCUCAACAGGCCGGCUGAAAUUACGCUUGAAAGAGUUUGGCAUGUUGAUCGAGUUACCAAGGAGGAAAUAAGGGAUACGCUUAAACUCAUUGAUCUUGGCUGGCGUGAUCGGCUUGAAAAAGUUACUGCACGGAUGGGUGCAGUUUUCAAGGAUUAUCGACCAUCGACCGGAAGUUGGGUAUUCCGUGUAGAGCACUUUAGCAAAUAUGGUUUACCGGACGAUGAAGAUGAUGCGGAUGUGGCGAUCGUACCAAAUGCAAAAGAUAAUCAAACGCUACCCGCGCAGACUUCUACCUGUGAUAUCGAUACAUCCAUAGAGGAACAAACUAUACAAUCUCACGUCCAGCGUACUAAAAUAGUGCAAGUUGCUGCGCAGAUUGGCACGAGCACUGGAGUUCAUACUAAGACCGGUGGAUCGAUUAAACAGAGUGUGAAAGUGUUAAAAUACUUCGGAAAGGUGCUAAUUAAGGUGGCAGAAAACGAUGAUGCUGAGAUGACAGAAGGCUGUAACUUGGCGAUGAAGGUAGGUCUCGGAGGCAAAUUGGAUUUGGACUAUGAUGAUAACUCAGUAUUUGGUGAUUACGAAAUUGCAACUUGGGAACAUAACGGGGUACCGUAUAAAAAGAUGAAGAAGGAAGAGGCGUUGGAUUACGUAAAUGAGGAAAGCAAGCGACUGUUGGAACUUUCAACUUUGUCCACACAACAUGUUCGACGUGUAACUCUGAAAUAUCAUGAACCCGUUUACGUAUUUCAAGGAGGAGUUGAGCAACUGAUUAUCGACAUGCUCGAGCAUAAUGUUCGUUUAUCGCGUGCCAUCCGUCGGAACACGUCUGCGAGCUCUCGCGUUAGACAUUGCGAGAUCGAAGGUGAAACGUCGGCUCCACGCAUUAAGCCGGCAGAGGACGCAGCACCACAACUCCUGGAUUCUUUUUUAGCUACCUCAAGACAAAGCGAAUGUACUGAAGAACAGAGAGUAUGGCGUCUGUGUCAAGCCUUGUUUCCUUCAGAUAAAUCUGGAAACUGGCUAUGGCAACGUACUCAAGAUGUGAGACAAUGGCUUUCCGAAGAAGUUUCCUUGCUUCCAAGGAAGAAGUUUCAAGGAGGGAUUGCGGCUCACGUUUGGUCUCUGUUAUGCGCCGGAGAUGCUGGUGGUGCGGCUGGAGUAGCUUUGGAUGGUGGCAUGCCAACGCUUUCCCUCAUGAUUUCAACAGCAUUAUCAUUAGAACAAAUAGGACAACAAGGAUGUUCUGCAAUGAUAGAAAUGUGGAAAUCGGAUGACGAACUUGGUGAAAUGCCAAAAGAUCUCAUCAAAAUCUUUCUUGUGCUCGCAGGAAAAACACAUGAGAAGUUCAUUCACAAAGGGAAAACGGUUGAGUUGAAUUGCCUUGAAGGCUUGGAUUGGCGACAGGCGUUUGGCAUCCAUCUGUGGUUUAUCAAUUGGGCUGGUUUUCUUGAAGACGCUGUUGAAUCAUUCAGUGAUGACGUUAAUUCUGGAAGAGCAUCGUCGCCCGAGUCUCACAUAUUUGAGCAGCUUAUUCGUCUUGCCUGUUCGCCAGGUCAUCACGUUGAAGCCGUUCUCGAUGCUGCAAUGAUGCUUAGCCCAAAUCCUCUUGAUGCUCAUUUAGGCUGGCAUUUGUGGUCUUUGCUACGAGCUCUUGGCUACAACACACUGUCGCCUGAAGCUGAGCAACGCCUGCACACCGAUUAUUCAUCGUUACUAGCAGCUUGUGGGCAAUGGCCGUUAGCAGUUUUUGUGUUAAGUCAUAUUAGUCACGAUCACUGCCGAUCUCUAGCAAUUCGUCAAGUGCUAGAAUGUAUGUCGUCGACUGCUCGUUCACAAGACUAUGAUCGCAUUCUUGCUAUAUGUGACAUACCAGUUGAGUGGAUCGCAGCAGCGAAGCUUACUAAAGCAAAGUCUGAUGGUAACCUUGAGCUUGCUUGCGAACAUGCCUUAACCGCCAAAGAAUAUGCAACUGCUUUGCGGCUUUUCACCGAGGAGGUCGCACCGAACGCGAUUGCAAUGGGUGAUUUGGAGAAAUUACGUCCACUAGUUGAACGAAUGGAAAAGGAAGCGGAUAAAAUAUCAGGUUGGGGAGCCCUUGGACAAAUAUAUGCGGAUUACUGCAUGUUGAAAACAAUGGAUGAUGAGGACACUGAAGAAAACGAGGAACAAAUGAACGCUCUUGUGGAUUCAAUACGCAUUCGAAUUAAUGCGCCAGUGUUUGACAAGCCGAUUCAGCGGUAUUUAUUUCAACCUAUGUGUCUAAAUCCUAAAAAAACCUAA